UUUAACGUCGAGAUAACUUGGUCUAAAGGUUCUGCAUUUAUCACAGCAGUUACGUGACAACACGUUUAUUACUGUUUCAAUACUCCAUCACUUGCUGUCCCACUUGGUCAUGAAGGCUGUUGUGUAUGUUGUUGCGUGUUUGGCCGUGGUGGCCGUUGUUGCUGCUGCUGCAGUUAUCAAGUUCGAGGCUCAGGACACGGAUCUCGGCGAUGCUUACAAAUUUCUUCAGUUCCUCAGGAAACCAAGUCUACCUGAACGGUAUAGGCCUGAUUCUUAUUUCAAGAAACUGGGUAUGAACAAAAACAACAGACUGCAGGCGUUCGUGUGGAAAAGCUGUGAACCUGCGAAGGACACCACCUUCGAUAUUACGCAGUUCAACAUCAGCCCGGACCCAGUGUCGCUGCCAGGGACGAUAAUUGUACGAUUCUCCAUCAACAACAAGGCCAAGAUUUACUCCCCUUUCAAGGCCGCUGUGGAGAUAAAGAAGAAGGUUCUAAGUACGUGGAUUGAGAUACCCUGCAUCGAGCAGUUCGGCAGCUGCAACUACGACGACUUCUGCCAGAUCCUCGGUAUGAUCACGUCGUGCCCGGCACCGUUCACAGAGCACAGCAUACCCUGUCAGUGCCCUAUUGACGUUGGUACAUUCAAUCUUCCCGCCACAAAUUUUGAAAUCGACGUCACACUUCCUCUAGAAUCCGGGGACUACUUCGCCAUGUUUAACGCCACGGCUAACGCGAAAUUCAGCGCCUGUUACGAAUUCUACUUUACCAUCAUCGACUGACAUUGUGAAGAAAUUAUGUGUGCAGUAUAUCAGUAUCACUAGACUUCCAAAUAAAAACAAUAAAAUACAAUAAAAUAAA